CUGUGAUGUAUAGGUAACGCUGCGUGAUGCGAGCAUCCGUCGAUGGACACGAGAUUCCCGAUUGAUUGACAGGAUGCGGUUGCCUUUGACCCUGUUUGCCUUCUCGUCGAUUCUCAUCCUGCUGAUGCUGCUUGUGGCCCUCAUGUUUGAUGAAGAGGGGCCUGAGAUGAGGGAGAUUGAGCUGCUCUUCACAACGAUGACCACGCAAGAUGAUCUCGACGCGCAGAAGGAGGAUGCCAACAAAGUGGAGGACGAUAAUCCGCUCUGGACUGCCCUCGCGAGGCGGAUGGCUGAGUACGACGCCAUGCUCGGCAUCGGCCCGCUGCCCCUGGCGGAGAGAAAGGCUGUGCAGUCUGAGCCCAUCCAGGAGCUCAGCAACCCCAAGACGGCCACCACGCAGAUCUUCUUCGACGGCGCCUUCUCGUCCAUCUUUGUGCUGGUCAUGAACCGCGCCGUGCCGUCCUACCAGACGCAAGUGCCCUACUUCACCUCGCUCUCGCUCUACAAGCGCCAGCUGGACUUCCAGCUCUUCAGGCUCUCUGCCCGUCCCAACAACAACCUCUUGGCUGACCUGCGGUCGCAGCUGCGGCGGCUGAUCGAUGUGGACGUGGACAUGACCGAUGCGUUCCAGCAGGCUGUGCUCACCAGGGUGGGUGGCUCCAACGGGUCUGCUGGGACCGCUGCUGCUGCUGCUGCUGCUGGUGAUGGGGAUGCGGAGCAAAAUGGGUUGGGCGACGUCGGCUGGCAAAGAUGCUUCGUCGACUUCUUCCGUAAGCAGGGUGGAAAUGGGAGAGAGGCAGCACAGCACAGACACGGAAAGAUGUAUUGUGUUACGUGUCUGUCUGAUGUGUGUGCAGCUGGUACGGCGGCUCAGCUGUCGCUGAACCGUCAGACGCACGACGCGGCACUGGCGUACCGCGAGCUGCACGGCGAGUUCGUGACGUGGCAGGUUCACAUCUACCGUGGACUGCAUCGGGUGGCAUGCGAGGAGGGCCAGGAGAGGCAAGGCGACCAGCUCGGACAGACAUUCAAGUUCGCCGGCAACACGCCUGUGGCCUCCAUCGCAUUAGCACGCGACAGGCUCUUCUACAGCCGGUGAGUGAAGUGGGCGGUGGCAGUGGGGUGGGCGCACACACAGAGGAUGGAGCUCAGCUCACAUGGCUGUUCUUUUUUCCUUGAUGGAUGCUUUUUGUCAGCCGCGAGGACACUUACAUGUUCCGCGCAUCGGCAUCCCUCGACAGCCUCUUCCAAGCGCAUCCCCCGUCCGCCGCCGACGCACUCACCAUGAGCAACGGCCGACUUGCGACGCCUGUCGGUGGUGAGGAGGUGCCCACCCUGGUGGUGGAGGGCAAGGGCCCGACAGCCGACCACGCCGACCUCUACAGCGACACGAUCGUCGUCAGCCCCAUGAACAUGCAGGACCGGCUGCACGGAUGGCCAGCCACUGUUGUCAGCAUGACGAUGCGCGGCAACGACUCGACGCUCGCAUACGCCGUCCAAGUGCACACCGGUGAGGAGACCUCUGCCGGUGACGGAGCUGGUGCUGGUGGGGAUGAGGGCAACGAGACGGACACUACUGCAGAGAUCGCGUGGAAGUGGACGGGCAAGGAGACCCUCCACACACACGCCGUGACGUUCUUCCAUCCCUCGGUCGAUGACGGGCCGGGGGCCAGCUCGGAGGACGGCAAGGGUGUGCGAGAUUUCAUCAAGCGGCCGUUGGUGGCCUCGUCGGCGGAUGGCAACGUGGUCGUGAUGGCGUAUCUGUUGCGUGUGACGGCGACGGCAUUCAGGGCUGGGAGGGACAUGGGGGGCAGCAGGGGGCAGGACAAGGGGGCGAUCCUCUUCGCAUCCUUCUGGGAAUACUCGCAACGCUUCAAGUCACUCAUCGUCAGGUGAGUACUUUGCAGCACCCACCUACGGAGGAGUGAGUGUUGAGCACACCUUUUCUCUCUCUCUGUGAAUGUGUGUGAAUGUGUGUGUCAGUGAGGACGGGCAGCAUGUGGUGGUGACGUCGGCCUAUGACCGUGUGUUUGUCAAGUCACAGCACUCCAACAUCCCUUCAGCAGCCCCCACCGCCCCAGGUCUGAUCGGCGAUAUUUUCGACGUUCAUCCCGGCACCACACAGCCAACAGAGCAAGAGGUACCAUACACACAACACACCCCACCGCACUUGACGCUGCAGGCAAGACCGCAAGUCUGUCUGUUCGUUGUGUGGUGUUGUGUGGUGUGCUGUGGUGCGAAUGGCAGGUUGAGCCGAGUCAGUGGCCGUUCGAGUGGGGGCCUGACUACGAACUAGCGCUGGAGAAUAUACCCAGUGAGUGGAGUGCAACAGCUGAGCGAGGCCAUGCAUCCUCCUCGCAAGGCAGGAAUUGACACACAUUCUGUCCCCUUGAGUGCGUUUCAGCGGCAUUGAGGAUUCGCUCGGUGAUGGGUGCGUACGCCUUCCCCACACGAGCACUGCUCAACGCCCACCUCCACAAGGCCAUCUCACAUCGCACACACACGCAGCGGCAGGACUGCAACAGCCAAUGCAACGAGGGCGACGAGCCCGCCUUGCCCGAGGCUUUAGCCAAGGUACGCUCACGCUCAGCACGCCUCCCGGUUCACCAUGGCCCGCCUGAUUGUAAAUGUCUGUGUGCACUCUGUGCAGUAUGACGUUGCUGACUAUCUGCCGACUGACGUGUUUUUUGUGGCCUUGCUGUUUGAGGACGGGCUGCUGGCGGUCUUCAAGGUGGAGCCGCCGGCAGGGGGUCUGGGCGGGAUCGACUUCGAGGUCAAACUCGUGAUCAUACAGGUGUGUACGCAAUGCAUUCCUUGAUAAGACGACUCCCCACGGCCAGCGAAUGACGCUCUCUCUUCCUCUGUGUGUGUGUGUGUCUGUCUCCACCAGCUGCUGAUUUACCUCUACAUUUUGGGCAUCGACCUGGCGUGUUCGCGACGGAACAGAACCCAGAGACAGCGCCCUGCCGGCGGCGGCGGUGGCAACCCCGCCCCCGCCCCCUCCCCACAUGGCGGCGUCGGCAUCCUCCCCCACCCUCUGCGGUCGCUGCCCCCCCAGGUGGUCUACUGGCUGGAGACCCUCUGGAUCAUCUCCGUCAUCGUCAUGCUGCGGCUGAUGCGGCCCGUCUUCACCUUCCUCAGGAUGCCCCCGCCGCCGUGGCUGGUGCCCCCAGGCAUGAGACACCUGAACCUACCGCCGGGCAGAAGAAAUGGGGGCGGCAGACAAGGCCGGCAGCAGGGGCGGAACGGACAGGCGGCGACGGCUGCGGCAGCAACAGCUGGACAGGAGGGCGAUGCUGGGCUUGGUGCCCCUUCACAGCCGUCUGGCGAGGGCCCUGUGGCUUCUGACACGGCGGGUGAGCAAGAGUGGAGGUCCUUCCCGGCCACCUACGGCCUGACGGCUGGGCUGCGAGGGCAGCAGCAGCAGCAGCCGGAUGCCACAUUGUGGUCUUGGGAGGGACUGGGGGGAGGGGCGUCGUCUGCAUCAGCAUCAGCAUCUGCCUCUGCCUCUGCAUCUGCGUCUGCAUCGCGUGAAGCUGAAUCGUACGUACCCCCUCGUGACGACAACCCGUACCCGCGCACAGCAGCACCAGGGCCAGCUCAGUCUGCAUCUGCGAGUGCUGCCGCUGCUCCUCCUUCUGUUGCUGCUGCGACACCACCACCGCCACAGACUGGCGGUGAAGAGGGAAUGGCGUUGGGGUUUGCCGGCGGUGUGCUGCAUGGGGAGGGAGGGGGAGGGGGAGGGGGUGGGUGGGGCGUGUUGGACGAUGGGGAUGGUGAUGGGGGGGGGAGUGUGCGUGAGCGGAGACGGACAUCUUGGUUUUCGCAUCCCAAUGACUGACUGACUGACUUGAGUGCACCCCUUGGGGGAGUCAUAUAUUGUGGUCGUGAAUGUGUAUGUUCGGAGCGGGGCGAGUCGUGUUUUGCGCGGCCGGACACGUGGCUGACCUGACGAUGGCUGGUGUGUGGCCGGAACGUGGCUGGGAUAAAGGUGACGUCAGC